AUGGCAGCGAGCGAUUCGGGAACGGAUGAGUCAUUAUAUCCAAUUGCGGUUCUAAUAGACGAACUGAAAAAUGAAGAUGUACAGCUUCGGUUGAAUUCCAUCAAGAAGCUAUCGACGAUCGCAUUGGCUCUUGGAGUAGAGCGAACCCGAUCAGAGUUGAUCCCUUUUCUGACGGAGACAAUAUACGACGAAGAUGAAGUCCUGCUUGCCCUCGCUGAACAACUCGGCAAUUUCAUUAACUUGGUUGGUGGUAUUGAAUUUGCCCAUUGCCUACUGCCUCCGCUUGAGGCGUUGGCUAUUGUAGAAGAGACGGUCGUCCGAGACAAAGCUGUAGCCUCACUGAGGGCUGUAGCUGCCCACCACACCCCUCAAGCCCUAGAACAACAUUUUGUGCCAUUAGUACAACGCCUGGCAGGUGGUGAUUGGUUUACGUCCCGUGCUUCUGCUUGUGGUUUGUUCAGCGUAUGUUAUCCUCGUGUGUCUGCACCCGUGAAGGCAGAACUACGUCAGCAUUUCCGUUCAUUGUGUCAAGAUGACACGCCCAUGGUCCGCCGCGCAGCUGCCUACAAGCUGGGAGAGUUCGCGAGGGUUGUGGAAGUGGAAUAUGUUAAGAGUGACCUGAUACCCAUGUUCGUUACUUUGGCUAAGGACGAGCAGGACUCGGUGCGGCUGCUGGCGGCGGAGGCGUGCGCGUGCGUGGCGGCGCUGCUGCCGCCCGAGGACAUGGAGCAGCUCGUCAUGCCCACCGUGCGCGCGCGCGCCGGGGACACCUCCUGGCGCGUGCGCUACAUGGUCGCCGACAAAUUCGUAGAACUGCAGCAAGUAGUCGGCCCUGAAUUAGCACGCUCUGACUUGGCACAGAUAUUCCAAGCUCUGCUGAAAGAUCCCGAGGCUGAAGUGCGAGCCGCAGCCGCUGGCAAGGUGAAGGACUUCUGCAUGAACUUAGACAAGGCACACCAGGAACACAUAAUUAUGACAAUGAUAUUACCCCAAAUCAAGGACCUGGUGUGUGAUGCCAACCAACACGUGAAAUCAGCCCUCGCGUCCGUCAUCAUGGGACUGAGCCCCAUCGUAGGACGCCAGAACACAGUAGAACAUCUCCUGCCAUUAUUCCUCACCCAACUCAAAGACGAAUGCCCAGAAGUCAGGCUCAACAUUAUCUCAAACUUGGAAUGCGUCAAUGAAGUGAUCGGAAUACAACAACUAGUGCAAUCUCUCCUUCCCGCGAUCGUGGAGUUAGCUGAGGACACCAAAUGGCGUGUCCGUCUUGCCAUCAUCGAACACAUGCCUCUACUCGCUGGUCAACUUGGACAAGAAUUCUUCGACGAAAAACUGACCGGUCUAUGCAUGUCUUGGUUGAUAGAUCACGUCUACGCCAUCAGGGAAGCCGCAACCCUUAACCUAAAGAAACUUGUCGAACAAUACGGCUCACAGUGGGCUGAAACUAAUGUUAUUCCUAAAGUACUAGCCAUGUCCCGAGAACAAAACUAUCUACACCGAAUGACUUAUUUAUUCUGCAUUAACGUUCUCUCUGAAGUUUGUGGCAAAGAUAUCACUACCAGAGUGCUUCUCCCUACUGUGUUGUCUAUGGCUGAUGAUAAUGUUGCCAACGUGAGAUUCAAUGUUGCCAAAACUCUACAGAAAAUGGCACCAUUCUUAGACGCAGCUGUCAUCCAGCCGCAAGUGAAACCUGUCCUCGAGAAACUGAAUGUAGAUCCUGACGUAGAUGUCAAAUACUUUGCUUCCGAAGCCAUCGCCGGAAUAGCUGGUUAA